AUGGCCCCAUCUGCCUGGCAAAAACUCAAAACCACCCUUCAAAUCAGUCAUGAUUACAGUGUAACUCCGGCUGGCAUCAAAUGGAGAAGCAAUACUCUGUUCAUCGUUUCGACAGUCGCUGUCGGUCUGUUCACUGAUUUGUUUCUUUAUGGUCUGGUUGUGCCCAUUUUACCUUAUAUGCUACAGGACCGAGUUGGCAUGCCAGAGGACCAAAUACAAUCCCAUGUGGAUGGGCUACUCGCCGCCUAUGCUGGAGCUUCCGUCGUCUUCUCGCCCGUCGCUGGGAUCUUAGCAGACAAAACCUCCACAAGGCAAGGACCAUUCCUUUUCGGACUGACCGCCCUGUUGCUCGCGACAGUAUUGCUGUUUCUGGGAAACAACGUCCCAACCUUAGUUGUUGCGAGGCUCCUUCAAGGCUGUUCGGCCGCCUUUGUUUGGACAAUUGGAUUGGCGCUAUGUGUCGAGACUGUAGGUCCAGAAAACCUCGGCAAGACCAUUGGUUCGAUCUUCAGUUUCAUAUCGGUCGGCAACCUGGUCGCUCCUCUCUUAGGAGGAGUUUUGUACAAGAAAGCCGGAUAUCCGGGCGUCUUUGGAAUUGGCUUUGCCGUCCUCGCUGUCGAUUUUAUCAUGCGUUUGUUGGUCAUCGAAAAGAAGGUUGCCCGCCGCUAUGAUUUCAAUAUGCAGGAAGGCAGCAAUGAAAACAAUGCAUCUAAUGCCAACGACGAAGAAGCGGUCAGCGACGAACAAGAGCCUUUGCUAGGAACCAAGGCAGAGGAUGACUAUUAUACCAUCUCGAGAGAUCAGCCAGCCAUCGUUCGCAAAGUGCCGAUUCUGCCAUGUCUCAAAAAUCCUCGCUUGGUCGCAGCUUUGAUGGUAGCCUUCGUUCAAGCACUGUUACUCGGCGCCUUCGAUGCUACUAUACCUACUAUCGGUCAAGAAUACUUUGAGUUCGACUCAUUGAAAGCGGGCACACUUUUUCUUCCAUUGGGAGUUUUUGACUUUCUGCUCGGCCCUGUUUUUGGGUGGGUUGUCGAUAAAUAUGGUACCAAAGUGGCUGCGGUCGGAGGCUAUACGUUCCUGGUUCCUUGUCUCGUCUUACUGCGUCUUCCACAUGCUGGAGGAAAGAACCAGAUCAUAUUAUACGCAGGGCUUCUGGCAUUGUGCGGAGUCGGACUUGCUGCCAUUGGAGCUCCAUCGAUUGUCGAGGCGGGUAACAUCGUCCAGAAGUACUACGAUGUCAAUCACGAUUGGUUUGGAGAACAGGGGCCCUUUGCGAGUUUGUAUGCCAUGUCUUCGGUCGCAUUUUGCGCUGGACUUGCCAUCGGCCCAGAAAUAGCGGGUGAAUUGAAGCAAGUCAUUGGGUACGGCAAUAUGAAUAUCGUCAUUGCAAUCAUCUGUGGGCUUACUGCAACGCUGUCUUUCUUCUACAUAGGAGGUAAGCCCACGGUGCUUCGAAGGAUGCGAUCUUGA